AUGUACCGAAGAACUUCAGGUCAAUUGGACACUAGCAGGCACCCCUGUAGGUCACAUGGGAGGGCGAGCACCGCCUCUACCCGGAGUUUGCUGUUGAACCUGCAAGAAUCCAAACAUAGGAAGCUAAAAGCUAUUCUCGACUUAGAGGAGCAAUCCACUAAGACAGAAAAAGUCCAGAGCGCCGGACAGGAUAAUAUCAAGACUACUCUUGACAUGCCUCCGCCAAUUGAGGUCGACUAUCUCAGUGAGAUAGCCCAGGCUGAAGGAGCUUUCAGAGUUGCUGCUGUUCAACAUCAGAGAAGAAAGAAUGCUUUUGAACGCGAGUUCAACACAGCCUUGAAGAAUAACGGCCUCAAGGACUCCAAGCACUUAAAGCGGGCACUCACGGAGCUGGAGGCGAGCAUCACCGAGCUCAACACCCAGCUCGAGGCUGAGAUCUCUCUCAGGGAUCAGCCCACUGCUGCACCUCCUCCAUUGUCAACCCCAGUGGAUAUUGGUCGCCAAGCAUCCCCUCCUGGCAAGAAGCCUAAAGUCCGGCGUGGCUCCAAAGGCAGAGAGGCACGUCCCACUGGAGGAAUGAAAGACGACGUUGAGGAUAAAGGGAGAGAAGUAACCGAUGGUAGAAGGAAAAAAAGAAAACGGAAACGACAGCACGCUUAUAAACGCCGGUUGGAAUCAGGAGACUAUCAACGUGUGAUGCACGAUGCUCCUAAAGGGAGGUUUCGGAGAUUUCUGGACAAGCUGCAACCCUGA